UCAAAACCCUAAAAGGGAAAAAGUUUUGUGAAUGAAUAUGAUCUUCCUGAUCGCUUCGCCUCCUCCCUCUGUCACUCCCACUCUCUCCUUCCAGUCCUCCUGCCCACAACGAUCGCUUCGUUUCGAAUCCGCAUUGUUGAACGCGUCCGAUUUCGAAGGAUUCCUUCUUCAAUUUCUUCUUCUUCUUCUUCUUCCUCAGAUUUUUAGUCUCGGAGGAAUUGGAGAAUGAAAGAUUCAGAGAAAGUGUUUUGGGAUCAGAUGAAAAAUCCGACUGGAAAUCCACACAUUGCCGCCAUCAAUUCUCCCUCCAAAAUCUCCUCUAAGCUUCUUCUCUGUCUCAUCUUCUUCGUCUCUUUCACUUACCUCAUUUACUCUCUCAAACUCCUUUCCUCUUCCCGCCCCUGCCCCGACCUACACCCAUUUUCCUCUCAUCGAAUCUCCAAUCUCUCCGCUCUCGCUGGAAUCUCUCUUCCUCUUUCCCUUCAUCUUCCUCCGCCCCUCAGUAAUCAGACGGAGCUCCGGCAUGUAGUGUUCGGAAUUGCCGCAUCAGCUAAGCUCUGGGAGCAGCGGAAGGAUUACAUCAAGCUCUGGUUCAAACCGGAGGAAAUGAGGGGGACGGUCUGGUUGGACCGUAAGGUGAAAACCGACAACGAUUCCGACGAUCUUCCGCCCAUUAGGAUCUCCGGCGAUACGUCGAAGUUCGCAUACAAGAACCGGCAGGGGCACCGGUCGGCGAUUCGAAUCUCGCGAAUCGUGUCGGAGACGUUUCGUUUGGGGUUGAAGGAUGUGAGGUGGUUUGUGAUGGGCGAUGACGACACCGUUUUCGUGACGGAGAAUUUGAUUAGGGUUUUGAGAAAGUACGACCAUAACCAGUUGUAUUACAUUGGGAGCUUAUCAGAGAGCCAUUUGCAGAACAUUUAUUUCUCGUAUUCCAUGGCGUACGGCGGCGGCGGGUUUGCCAUUAGCUACCCGUUAGCAAAAGCUUUGGUCAGAAUGCAGGAUCGCUGUAUUCAGAGAUAUCCCGGAUUGUACGGUUCCGAUGACCGGAUGCAGGCCUGCAUGGCGGAGCUAGGUGUUCCCCUCACCAAACACCUGGGUUUCCACCAGUACGAUGUGUAUGGCAAUCUAUUCGGCCUGCUUGCAGCUCACCCGAUCAUGCCCUUCGUAUCAAUUCACCACCUCGACGUAGUUGAACCAAUCUUCCCCAAUGUCACCCGCCUCCAGGCCCUCCAACGUCUCAAAAUUCCAAUGCAGGUCGACUCUGCAGGUCUAAUGCAGCAAUCCAUCUGCUACCACAAGUCCAACACCUGGACCAUCUCCAUCUCGUGGGGCUUUGCCAUCCAGAUCUUCCGUGGCAUCCUAUCGCCCCGUGAAGUCGAAAUGCCAGCUAGAACAUUCCUUAAUUGGUACCGCCGGGCUGAUUACACAGCUUACGCAUUCAACACCCGACCAGUCAGCCGAAACCCCUGCCAGAAGGCAUUUGUGUUUUACUUGUCUGAUGCCCAAUUGAACUCGACGACAGGGCAGACGAUCAGCAAGUACGCUCGACACCGGGUGCCUCAGCCAACGUGCAAGUGGAAGAGUCCAAGCCCAGCCAGCAUUGACACGGUCAAGGUGAUCAAGAAACAAGACCCCAACUUGUGGGACAGAUCUCCAAGGAGAAACUGUUGCAGAGUGAUGAGAUCAAGGGAGAAGAAGACGAUGAUGGUGGAAGUUGGGAUAUGCAGAGAAGGUGAAAUCAUUGAAGUAAAAUAAUUAUCUUUUUUUGUCAUAAAUUAUUUAGAUAUCCCCUAAGGAUUUGAAUGUAGAAAUUAAGGUUGUAUCCGAUUACUUUAUAUAAAUAUAUGUAGAAUAUGAUCUAAGAUAACUUCUAACAGAAUU